AUGCAGGGACCCACCCCAGUGCCGGCCCCCAUCAGCGCUGAGGAACGUCCCUUCUUCCCUGAAGCAGGGGCUCUCGUUCGCUUUCUGGGGCCCCCGGGCCGUGCGCUGGGUCCGGCUGUGGGUGCAGCAGGUCUGUGGACAGUAUCCCACAGGUGCAGCCACGAGGUGGGCAAGGUGCUGGUGGCAGAGGCCAUGGGAGGGUCAGAAAGGCCUCCUGGAGAGACGCGCGAGGCUGAGGCCCAGAUCUCAGGAGAGUCAGGACAGAGGCCACAGGAGGUGAUGGAAACACUGGUCCCUGUGCGGAUGACGCCAGGGCCCGUGUCCAGCCAGCUGGCGCUCCCAUCCGCUGGUGGGCCUCCCCCAAGGUCAGGUCCAGAUGAUCCGUGUCAGCUUCACAGGCCACAGCUGGGGCCCUCUGGGGACCUUCUCUGCAGCAGCACUUAUACCCAACUGACCGCACAUCUCAAGCUGCGUUGUCUGUCAGAAUACGUGGUCCUGCCCUUCGUGUGGGCUCAGAUGGAGCCUGGAGCCCCAGAGGCCUUGAGCAUGGAGAACGUGGACAACCUUUUCACAUAA